AUGGGGCUUUCGGCAUCCGGACUGGCGGAGAGGGUGUUUAAAUGGACCCCUCCGGACGACACCAAGACUGGGUGCAAAAAGAGACAACUUAGCAACGGAUUAUAUAUGGCUGAGUGGUUACAUUUAUGUGCAUACUCUUGGGGAGGCCUCAACCCAGAUGGUGAUCAAAAUAACCUAGGAAGCAGUCAGACAGCAGAUAAUCUUGUAUUCGGGUCAUCAGAAGCAAACUCUUGCAUGACACGAUACGAAUCGGCAUGGCAGUCUUUAUUUACCGAUGAGGCCAAUCUCAUUGAGAAAAAGAACGGUUUCAGCAAGGGGGUAGUGAAUACCAAAGGCCAAUUGGGAGUGCAACGAAACCCCCAAGGAAAGAAACGGAACCAUGAUAAGAUCAAUGAGAAUUUCCAAUACAGCUGGGAGAAAGUCGAACUUCCUGGAGAUGAUAGCCACCUGGCAAAUUUUGCAGCGCGAGCCAAAUUUCUGGCAUACACAAUCGACUACACACUUCGGAUAGAUGGAUACAAAACAAAACGACCCUUAAUUCUCGAUCGCUCGGGUACUACCGUCAGCGAAUCUACAGUAUUUCAUCCCUUCUCGCGACUAUUUUUUCAUCGGGCCGAGUAUCUGUUAGAUGCAGCGCUCUAUGAGGCAAUGUACAGGAUUACGGCAUAUGACAAGCUCAAACUUGACCGCGCCACAAUCGAUCUGCUGAUCAAUGGCAGAUUCCCUUAUACAAAUAAACUCAUCAAAGCUGUUCUUAAUGAUAGAGGCGAUAAUCCGGGAGCCAAUAAGAAAGCUUAUGAGAACGAGAAUCUGAGUUUUCUCCAACAAGCGCUAGCAAAAAACAUGUCGCCACUUUUUAAUUCUCAGUUAGGACAGAGUGAGACAAGCCCUAACCCAUUCCAGCAUUAUUCUAGUCAAGCCCAGGACCCAAGUUCACAGGAUCCAAAAAAAAAAAAUAAUAAUAAAAAUAAUAAGGGAAAGGGGAUACCUGUUCUAGGGAAUAAUGAUCCUGACCCAGAGUCGAAGAAGAAGCUCAAGUCUGAAGGUCAGGGUCAGAACCAACAGCACCAGCAGAUUAAUCCAAAUGGUAAUCCAUAUGGUAAUUAUAAUCCAUAUGGUAAUUAUAAUCCACAUGGUAAUUAUAAUCCAAAUAGUAAUUAUAAUCCAAAUGGUAAUUAUAAUCCAAAUGGUAAUUAUAAUCCAAAUGGUAAUCAAGGUGCCAAUGGUGGCCAAGGUGGUAAUCCAUAUGGUGUCAAUGCUGGCCACGGUGUUAAUCCAUAUGGUGGUCAAGGUGGUGGUCAAGGCGGCCAAGGUAAUUAG